AUGACGCUUGUCGCGGGACGACAUUUGGCCGUGGCGAGCCCUGAUCCGUCCAAAACGGCCGAGACGAUCAGCUACAUCUGCAAUCUCUGGGGAUUCAAGGAACAAACAAGAACCCUAAAUCUAGAACCGGGCAUCUCGUUUGAAGACCUCGCUCCACUUCUGCACAGUAAGCUGGCUGUGGUUUUAUUUGUUAACCUGGAAUUCACUGAUAGCAAGUUUCAGCAGGAGCUAGCGUCAUAUAUUGAUGUACAUCACGGCGGCCGACUCAGCAUGGUAUCUGUGAUUGCCAAUAGAAACAACAUCGAGGUCAGCCUGAAACAGAGUCUGGAAAAGCUCAUUUGGCUGCGUGAAGUGCACCGCGGUGAAGUUCCUGAGACAGAUAAUGCUCCCUCGUGCUCAGCGUCACAAGAGCUCGAAACUUACCGAUCCAGAGCCAAGAAGGUCAAGAUUGUUCGUGAAAUUAAAACCUACAUUUACGACAUCGUGGUCUUCACGCGCAUGCACCGAAUGGUGGUUGCCGGACUGCCAACUUCGACAUGGAAAGAUAUGGAACUAUUCGUUCAGAUCUACGCUGCUAUCCAUGACAUGGACUAUGUGACACCUGCAAUGGUCAAACUGGCCGCGGCCAAGGUGAUCCCGUUGCACAUCCGCAUGGUCAGCAAGCCGGAACAGGAACCGACUCUCCUCUACGGUAGCGACCCCAGACUUGUCCAGCAACUGGUGAAUGUAUGGGACGCAGAUCUGGUCGUUGAGGACGUGCUCAACAAUGUCCAGCCUCCAACUUAGACAAGCUGGACUUUCCAGAACUUUAAACAGGAAUCUGCCCCGCCGCUGACAAGCUCGUUUUCGCCGAUCCAGCUCACGCCUGCAACACCCUCUUUAUGGGCGUUCAGCGCCUUGACGUUCUUGGCUGGCUUGCUGACCGAGUACACUAUGAUGUUUGUGUCCAGCGAUCCAGAGACAACGUGGUCGUUGUCUGCGUUCCAGGAGAGAGAGUUGAUCCUGGAUGUAUGGAACGCCCAUCUGGUAGUCACUAAGGACAGGUCAGCGAGCCUGUAGCAGUGGAUUUUCCCGUUGACGUCUCCACAGGCCAGAUAUUCCCCGUUCGGCGAGAUUUUCGACACAGACGGACGUGCACGCAUCGGAGCCGUCGUUCCAACCAGCUUGAAUUGUUUGUCGUACACGUUGAUGGCGAAAGUCACCGCGUUGGUCACGACAAUGUACGCCGAAGACACAGCCACAGAACUUGGGCUGUAGUCCAGUUUGUGCUGCGCAACUUCUCUGCCCUGUGGGUCGAGCACGAUGAGCUCAUCGUCAGUGAUCACUGCGCCGAACUCGGCUCCAAAAUCAGCCUGGAUAGGCUGCUUCGACAACGUGGUGGUAGUGGCCAGUUUCCCAGAGUCUAGAUGUUUUAUUGCGUCAUCCCAGCCAACGGUGACAGCGUUGUUUUCUGUGUUUGCGAUGUUGACGACCAAAUUGGAGUGCGUCUGGCCCGUGACCAAGUCGCCCGUCUUUGUCGCAAGGUCCCAUUUCAUGACUCUGCCGUCGUAGCUGCCCGAAUAGAUGAUUCCGUCCACGACAGGAGACAGCGCAGUGAUGGACUUUUGAUGGCCGUACACAAUCUUAACCGGGGACUCGGACGAGUCGGCAAAAUAGUACAAAUCGCCGACCAACGUGAGUCCGAGAACGUACUCGUUGGUCUUGACACAGCCGACAAACUGGUUUUCGAGCUUUUGCUCCAGUUGCCACGUUCGGGACGUGUUUCCGUCGACACUAGUCAAUUUGAUCGAGCCGUCCGCGGAACACGUGAUGAAACUGCGCUCGUCAACCCAGUCGACGCCAAAAAUGCCCGCUGAGUGCACACCUUCGAUCUUGCGCACAAAAUCGCCCGUCUUGCCGUCAUACACCACAAUUAAACGGUCCGACCCAACACUGACUGCGUAGUUGCCGUCCUUGCUGAACCUGACGUCUCUGACAAAGUUGGUGUGGUGACCGCGGACGGACUGUGCAAACUUGAACGGUGGUCCUUGCAAGAAAACCAUUCCAGCGUCGUCCGAAACGGUCACUGCCCUGUACGGUCUGCAUGGCCGAAUACUCACGGCAUUGAUGGGUGCGCUGUGGCCAGAUAUCUCGCCAACGGUGUUCCCCGAGUCAGCCGUGAAACAAUGGCCGUACCGCUCUCGUCCAUCGCCCACAGCAAUAAUCCUGCUGGAGUCUGCGUCCCACGCAAGGUCGUUGAUUCGACCGCUGAUGAUCGAAUAAUCUCCUUUCACAAUCAGCUCUUCCGAAACACAGUCCCACACCUUCACGUUGCCACUCUCGUCGCCAGAAGCAACGUAAAAGCCCGAGGGAGAGAACUUAGCCACCGUGGCGGGGUAGUUGUGGCCUCCGAACUGGAUGCUCUCAUCUGGCUUGGACACCGAUCGAAUAUACACGCAUUUGCCGCUUGUGUAGACAACUCUAUCAGACUUCGCGUCAUACGACAAAUGCACCGCUGUCGCACGCGAAGUUGCCGGGCUUGCCGCAAAUAGACCGAUUUUUUCAAACGACAUGAAUUUGAACACUUG